UGUUAUUAAGUUGAUUGAAAUUAAUGAAAAUAUGUAUGGAAUCCGUUUAUUUAGUGAAGGCAAAACUUUGAAAAUAAAAAUUGUUGGUUACAGAGAUCAUCCAAUAAAUAAAGAGCCAAGACGGAUUAUUUCAUAUAAAUUAGAGCCGUCAACUUCAAGAUGUUUAAUUUCUUAUUUUGAGAAAAUUGAAGGAGAGAAUUAACACAAAAAAUUAAUUUUUUUUGUAAAAAUCUUUGACUAAAAUAAAAUUGUUUUUUGUUAAAAUAAACGUAAGACAAGCUCUGAUUUUUAGAAUUUAUGGUCUGGUAUUGUGAGAGUAUAUUCUGGGGAGUAGAUGGUACACAUAGCCAGAGUUGGCCUGGUUCUAAAAAUAAGAACCGGGUAUUUAUCG